AUGUCCUCGUCCGGGACCGCUCACCAUCACCACGGCGCGGGCGGCAGCUCCUCCUCCGCGGCGACAGCAGCAGCAGGAGCAGCAGCAGGAGCAGCAGCAGGGGCAUCCUCAUCCACGCCGCACCACCACCACCACCAUCCGUCCCCCUACGCCGCCGCCGCCACAGCAGCCAGCACGCCCGGCCCCGCGCCCAUCGCGCGCUCCGACUCGGAGGGCGGCUACGGCGACAACAACGACGGUGACGACGACGACGACGACGACGACGACGACGGCGGCGGAGUGACGCCCGAGAUGCGCGACCGCCAGGCCCGCGGCAAGGAUCCCUACAAGGGGAAUGGGCACAGCGACUUUGACGACGAGGAGGACGACGGGGAUGGGGAUGGAGGGGAUGAUGGGGAUGAUGAUGAGGAGGAGGAGGAUGAUGAGUUGGAGGUGGGAAGCGAUGGCGUGACGCGCAGGCGGAUGAGGCUCGGAAGGGGCAUCAAGGCAGAGCCGUUCGAGGACCGCGAGCGCAGAGGCUUCGCCCUCGCCGUGCUCGACAGCCCGGAGCAGCUCAUGAUGUACGCCCAGGGCGCCGGCGACAGCAUCCCCAGCCAGCGCCGCCGCUUCAGCGCCAUGCUCGCCGGCUUCGAGCCGCUCCCCGCGUCGGCCGAUAACAGCCUGUCGAGCGCGGGGCGGUUCCGCCAUAGGAAGAAGAAGACGCCGCAGCAGCAGGGACAAGGGCAGCAGGCGAGGAGGGACGCGCGCGGUGGUGGUAGGAGGACGGCUGGAUAG